AUGGCCGACGAUAACCAAUUUUUCGAUGCCUCGUCAAACUCGUCUCUACAUCAGAAUCUCUCUUCUAAUUCUCGCUCCAAUAUCCCACGCCGUUCUCUCUUCAACUCCUCGCCUAAUCAUUUCGUUCCCACUCCAUCUACCCCCACUCCUGCCCCCGCUCUUCUCACCUUGGACUCGUCGCGCGCUAUCGCCCGCGACUCAAGCACAAGUCUGGAUUCUCCAUCACCUCCAGAGGACCAUGUCCGUGCUACUAUCAACCGCCGGAGAAUACCUCGCGUCGAGAAGGAUGUCGAUGAUCCCAGCGACCCGGUCUCGUCAAGCCGCUACUCGGUCAACAGACAGCAGAGCACUACACUCACCACUCUUAGUCGUCUAUUUGCUGUCCAAUCGGUGACCUCUCCCCCUGACUACCGUCCCUUGUCCGACUCUCAACUUCCAAAUGGUCAACCCAUCCCCUCUGUCACUGCUCGUGACAAUGCCCUUCUACCUGCUCAUCUCUACAGUCGAGGUCUUCUAGGUGGUCGACAUUCUGACAUUACUGUUCAUGUUUUUGGCUACCCUUAUAAGCUUCACCGCCUCAUCCUCGAUCAAGCAACUUUCUUCGCUUCUGCCCUAUCUGGACCAUGGCUCGAGAGCAAGGCAAGCGACAUCACCCUACACCCAGAGGAUAUCGACACCAACAUCACCCAAGUCUCGUUCGAGCUGGCCUUGAAACGUCUCUAUGGUGCUGCCGUACCCGAAGAAGAAGAUGCCGAAGCAGUCAGCUUGUUUGCCACAGCAUGUUGGCUGGAGAUGUCAGAUCUCGUCGACUCGAGCAUUGAGUCUAUGUUGCGACAGAUGUCGACUGCUACCCUGGCACCUCUGAUCAAGCUUGUCACCAGCAACUACUACGGUCGUUCUGGAGACAAGAUUCUCGCGUCGGCCAAAGCUAUGUUGUGCCGCGAUGGUUGGAAGAUGUCGACCAAGUUUUGGGACGGCAUCCCUGGCGAUAUCAUCCGUGAGAUUGUCGGUGGUGAUGGCUUCUUCAUCAAUGGUGAAUGGGAUAGAUGGGUCCUUGCCAAGCGUCUCCUGGAUCGCCAUCUCAAGACACUUGCUAUUGAGGCCGGACUGGUUGAUCCCGUCUCUUGGUCGAAGGUGCGCAAAGCUCCCGAGACUGCCAAUCUUAUGGCUGUUCGAUUUGACUCGGUCUACCGCAAGAAUGCCAUGGCAACUGGUGCGGCUCCAGAUGGGUUGCAUCGCUGGAUCAGCCUCUACACCCAUCCAGAUAUUGAGCCUUUACUGGUCCUCUUGGAUGAAGGCAUACACUACAUCCACCUCGACUUCGAGCAACUGCAGUACAUUCGUCGAGCUCGCGACAUUCUUGGCCUGCCCAUGAUGCCCGAUAAGGUUAUCUCAAAUGCUCUCUGGAUGCAGAUGGAACUACGGCAGAAAGUUCUGAAUGCCAAAGAUGGCGAGAUGGAGCUUGGGUUGAGCGAAGGGGUCAGUGAGCUGAGAAGUCCUCAUCUGAGGGCAGCAUCUUUGACAGAGCCUUCGAUCAAAGGAAAACAAAAAGCUGAAACCUCUGAUGAAUUUGAAGACUUUGACGACGAGGACAUUGCCUCAAACUCUUGGGAUGGUAAUGGCAAGCCUCGCAAGUUCUGGAUUCCGUCAGCAGACUGUAACAUCGUCAUGGGGGGAGCGACUGAUCCUGCAAUGAUGUCUGCUGCAAACACGCAGUCAAAUCGUCUGUCUGCCACCAUCCAACCGGAAGAUGUACAGUGGGCUUCAGACUUUGCUGCAAACCCAUCAGACACUCGAUCAAUUCCUCAGAUCAUUCGGCCCGACUCUGCUGCUGAUUCGAACACAUCCGAGCUGCGUCCUGUCAGCUAUUCUCAUUUUCCGCCAUUCAGAUUCGCUGUCGAAUUCCCGAGUCCUCGACUGCUUAAAGAGAAGAAGCGCGUGUAUAGUCGUACUAUCUUCUACUCGGGCUCUUGGUGGAAUCUGUACAUCCAGAAGGUCCGGAGGGGUAAGAACCCUCAGCUUGGAGUAUACCUUCAUCGUGCCAAAGAGCGCGAGACAGAUGAGACACUGGCUGUUGGUGGGCAGACGGUACCAAACACUCGCGUUGACGAGAGGAUUGGACAUCUCGAACGUGAGAUGAUUUUGCGUGCUGAUCGCCGAGCCGAAGAACGCAGACGCUUACUGGCUCGAAGACGUAGUGGUGAUGUCGCAGACCCAGACAAUGCUGAUAGUAGCGGUGAUACUGAUCCGGAUGGAGGACCUGCCGGUGCCGAGACCAACCCAAGAUCUCGCGGUCUCGGUGGAUACCGCAAGAGCAGUGAAUUGGAUGUCUUGUCCAACUUUCCAACCAAGCCAGCAUAUUACGACGAACAAGACUCAGACUUUGAAGACGAAGAUCCAGAGAUUGCAAAGCUCACACGCAGCGUCCGCGUGUCGACUCUACCACCAUAUGUCGACAGUCGACCAACGAUCAAGACAUACUUCAAGAUAUAUUCACCCAGCAAAGGUGGACGCAUGUUGAGUGUUUACGAGAGCGCACCGGAUACAUUCAACUUUAGCCAGAGUUGGGGAUGGAAGAGCAGUACGUUGAUGCUUGAUGACGGUAUGCUUGGGGAUGAAGUCCACCCUGAUGCAGAGAUUCCUGUGAGGGAUGCGAACAAGUUACGAUUUAUGAUUGUCAUUGGCAAUGUUUGA